UCUGCCGCGCCUCACAGCGUUCACAAAUAAAAGUCGCGCUUUUUUGAACGAAGAAUUAAAUCGCUAGCUUGACUUACUGGAUUCAUCCGAAUUUGAGGUUCUCCUUCGAUUCUCUCAUCUCAAGAUGAUGCUGCGCACUUGCCUGUUUGUCGUCUUUUGUGUCGCUAUGCUCAUCGAUAACGCAAGAAGCGUCGUAUUUUUGGGUAACUGUAUACAGGAUCCCAAUUAUUGUUCCCAGUGUUCUGGGGGCAACGCUGGUUACUGCUGCCAGGGAUGCGCCACUCCAUCAACAGCUUCGUUUGGAACCUUCUUCUUGUGCCAAUGUCCUACCGCUCCUCCUGUAGUGGGUACCUGCCAGACUGAGAGCACCACUCCCCAGUGUGGCCAGUGUAACCCGCAGGCACGCAGCACUAUCAACGGCCACGAACUGUGCUGCUGUACCCCCAACCAAUGGAUAAGUAUCACGAUGUUUGGAACCAUAAUUAACUGCCAGUGUAAUUCCAAUCCCAAUUAGACGGAAAUGACAGAGGCUUUUCUUACUUUUACUUCUGUAAGAAUACCAGCAUCAGAGGAAACUACUGUAUGCAGUUAAUGACAUAAUACCAAGUUUUUUUUAUAUGAUUGAAUUCAUUUCUGUACUGGAACAUAGAUUAACAUGACCUUCAACAAUAUAAUAAUAUAAUAAUAAUGAUACAUAAUAUAUAUAAUAAUUUGAUACAGUAUGUUAAUGAGCAAGUAUCUUUAUAUAAUGGACAGAUG